AUGCCUGGAUCAUGGAGAGCGUCGAAGCGAGUCGAGCGUGUUGAACAAAAGGCAAAUGAAUCUCUUCUCGAAGCUCAAUCACGCAGCGAUGCAGAGUUCUCCCAGGUUGAGGCCAGCCUGCCGAAACGUUAUACUAGGGCUGAUACAGGCUUCUUGGACAAGAGAAUGAGUCUCCUUGGUUCACACAAUCCCUUCGGCAGGAAGGCAUGCCCCAGGGAUAACACGGUGUGGGUUUUCGACAACACCGCAUAUAGGCCCGUUAGGCCAGGCAAAGACGAAGUUCAGCCAUAG